UACAUACACGUUUUUUUUUUUUGCGCAACAAUAUACAGAUGAAUAUAACCCUUUUUCUCUCGCAACGGCCACGUGAAGACAAAAAUGAAUUUUCCGCAAAAGACGAGGGAGGAGAUCAAAGCGGAGCGCGAGGCGAAAAAGGCCGCCAAGGCGGCUGCCAAAGCGUCGAAGGGAAAACCUGGUAAGGUAGCGAACAAUAGUGUCAAGCCUCAACCAGCAUCUUCGCUGACCAAUUGUCAGAUUCCGGAAAAAAAUCUAGAAGAAGAGGUAGCGAAGAAAAAUGAUAAUAAAGUAGCAGAACCGGGUGUCAAAGGUGAACUCCUCGUAGCCAAUUGUGAUACCUUGAAAAAGGAUUCAAGGACGAACUCGACGAGGGAAGCGUCCAAGGAAAACCUGCUUCAGACUUCGGAUCCUGCUUCCGAGGAUAAGAGCAAGGAAAAAAGCAAGGCCGAGCUUCGCGCGGAACGAAGAGCUAAGCAGGAAGCUCAGAGAGCUGCGAAGCAGCAACAACAAGAACAACAAUCAUUAUCAAAGGACAAUAGCAGAACUAAAGCGCCUGUUAAAUGCGUGGAGACGGUAUCCGAGUGCGCGGUGACGAAGGAUGUUGGAAAAAGUGCAAUUAAAGAGGACCCGCAUCAGCUUAGUUUGUUCAAACAUUUAUAUCAUGAGAGAAAAAACUCGCGGAUCGACGUGGCUCCUGUCAACUCGAGUAUACAUCCGGUAAUAGUUAGACUAGGCAUUCAGUACGCUAGUAAAGUUAUCGUAGGCAGCAACGCGAGAUGCGUCGCGCUCCUGGCUGCUGUCAAACAGGUGGUCCAGGACUUCGAGAAACCGGCCACAGAUUUCGUACGAGGCCUCGAGACGUGUCUGCAACAAUCCCUGGCGUACCUUCGUCAUUGCAGACCCCUGGCUGUCUCCCAGCAAAAUGCUAUGCGUCACCUCAAGUGGCAAAUGACACGGUUCUCAUCGUUGUCUGAUGAAAAUGUAAAAAGCAAAUUACAAAACAUAAUAGACACCUACAUUUCGGAGCAGAUUCAGCUGGCUGAUAAAGCAAUAUCGAUAACGAUACGAGAAAAAAUCUCAAAUGGAAAUGUUAUUUUAACUUAUGGCUAUUCAUCCUUAAUUCACAAGAUAUUAAUAGAAGCACAUGCUGCUGGCAAACAGUUUCGCGUAAUCGUGGUUGAUGGUAGACCGUGGUUAGAGGGAAAGGAACAGUUGAGGCGUUUAGUAAAACAUGGAAUUGAGUGCUCGUAUAUAUUGAUCAAUGCUCUCAGCUUUAUCAUGCCAGAAGUUAGUAAAGUUUUUCUUGGUGCCCAUGCGAUAUUAGCCAAUGGAGCGGUGAUGUCAAGAGCAGGAACUGCACAAGUCGCUCUGAUAGCAAAGGCCUUCAAUGUACCUGUUUUAGUAGCUUGCGAGACACAUAAGACAUGCGAACGGGUGCAAACUGAUUCUAUUGUUUACAAUGAAUUAGGUAACGCAGACGAGCUCGUGAACCAUUAUUCAAACGACAAAUCAAAAAGGUCUUUGCUCUCGAAUUGGCGAACGAAGAAGUCGUUAAAUCUUUUAAACAUUACAUAUGAUGUGACUCCGGCCGAUCUCGUAACGGCCGUCGUCACUGAAUUGGCAAUUCUGCCAUGUACUAGUGUUCCUGUGAUUUUACGAAUUAAACCUUCUGAAAUUUAAA